AUGGGCCUACCUACUCAAAAAUCAAACCAAAGAAACGCCUCCAAUUCAAGUCAAGGAAAUAUUCUCAAGCAAAAUCAGAGAAACAUUCUCAAGACAAGUCAAAAAAAUGUUCUCAAGCCAAAAGAAGAUAACAUUCCCGAGUCAAGUCAAGAAAAUGCUCCCAAUUCAACUAGGGAGAAAAUUUUAAAGCAUAAAAGUCUUCCACUUGUUCGUAAUAAUACUGGUAGUUUUGUUAAAACACGGACACAAUACAAUAAAGAAAAUAUCUCUUUAAGUGAAGCAAACCAAAUCGUUAAACACAGUACUAAAGUCACUAAACAAACACAGACCUCCUAUUCUAUUACACAAAAAUUGGCAGUGGUUGAUUAUGCGGUACAGCAUGGAAGAAAUAUGGCAGCAGUUAAUUUUAAUCUUGAUGCCAGUAUGGUUGGACACUGGAUAAAAGCAAGCUCAAAUUGGACAGCAGAAACCAAUAACAAAAGCAAGCGAAUUGGUUCUGGUCAAAGAGCUUUUUACUCUGAGGCUGAAAAACGCUUAUAUACGUGGAUAAUCGAACAAAGAAAGCAGGUAUUAGCUGUAACUUACAAGAUUAUGCAAAACCGAAUGAUGGAGAUUUUGCAACAACCAGAUAUGGUAGCUCUUUAUGAUGAUUCUGCAAAGACAUUCAAAAUGUCACAUCGUUGGACAGUCGUAUUUAUGAAAAGAAAUAAAUUAGCACUGCGACGACGUACAAGAAUUUCACAAAAACUUCCUGAACAAACUCAGGAGCUGUUAGAAAAAUUUUAUGAACAUAUUACUCGACUUAAAAGCCUAAAAAAUCUUUGCUGUGCUCGAAUAGGUGAUAUAUGCACAUGGGUUAAAAAUUUUUGGGAAAAACUUCCUAAUGAAAUGAUUGUAGAAUCUUUUAAAACUUGCAAAAUUUCCAAUAAUUCAAAUAAAUCGAAUUCUGAUUUAGAAGUUAUUGAUCUUUGUGAUACUGACAAUGAAUCGAAUUCUGAUUUGGAGAUCAUUGAUCUUUGCGAUACUGACAAUAAUAAUGAUAAUAUCAGAAGGAAUAAACAUAGUGAAUUCAUUCAUUAUCAAGAUUCUGCAGAAAUAGAAAGUUCUGCUGCAAUAAAUAAUCUUGGAUAUGACUUUCAAAAUAGAAUUGAAGUCGAUAAUGUUGAUGAAAGUGAUGACAUUGAUAGUGAUGGUUAUGUUAGUGAUGAUUAA